AUGCAAUCGACAGCUCGAAUGUGCAAGACUGCAGCACCGUCUAUCAAACUUUCACCCUCUCUCAAAUCCCUAGUCAAUCACCCAAGCUCGCUUCCGUCACCUAUACCUGCUCCAAAAGCAUCGACGACAUACAGCCUAUUCGACACUAUCCGUUCAAAUGCACCGUCCGACUUGUCUCGAAAUGCGUGGUUGACUCUUGGUACAGCUGCAUUGCUGACGAUAAAUUCCCCUGAUACUAUCUGCCAAUUAUGGGACUACGCUGGUCGGACGGCAGAAGAUGCGCGCGUGAUGAGGGAAAUAGGAUUGAAGUGCAUCUCUUUCAACGGAAUACCUCGUACAAUCAACAGUCUGGGUGCACUCAGAGCCCACUUGCCGGAUGACAUCAGGCAAGCACUUUCUAGGCAAUCGUAUAGACAACCAGACGCAUCAAACAUCGCAGACAUCACCGCUCGAAGUCGACAGCUAUGGGAUGCCGUUUAUACACCACACAAUGAGAAACUUCUCACGAAACUCUCCGAUUCGCAUCCCGAUCUCCCAGUGCAUAUCCUGAAUUCCCAUUAUGGAGCCCUCCUAACAGAUCCACCUUCUAUGCCGUCACCUCAUAUCGGCCGUGUUUUGACUUCCAUUAUUGCCAUAACUUGUCUACGAGCUCAGCGCGGUGUAGGUCCCCAGCUCACCAGCCACGUCUACGGAUUGAGGAAAGCUGGAUUGGAAGCAGGUGUACCGGAGUCGGUGGAAUGUGGGGACUGGCUGUGUAGUGAUGCUGGAGCUACUUGGGUUAUUGAAAGCACAGAUAAGGUCAGUGAGGCGAUCACAGGUGGGAAGGCUACAUUCGCUGGACCACCGAGAGGAGAAUGA